AUGGGUGAUAGUGAUAAAAGUUGUGAUCUAGAAACUGAUACGACUCAACAGGUAGAUCAGAGCAAAGAAUCGAGUGAUUACGAAAAGGAACAAGAGGCUUUACUUGAUAAACAGGUGAGUGAUAUAUUGUCAUUAAUAAAUCUGUCAUUAAUAAUAAAUAAUCACAAGUUUAUGAAACUGCAGAUCAUAAUGGACGAGGUUUUCAUACUAUCGUGGCAAUCGCACGUGCAGUUUAAUCUUCCGGUUCUUAUUACUGAGGAGAUACUCGAUGUAUUUAUCCGUUAUCUAUCCGAAUCACCGAAUAUGGAUCUGAAGGCAGCACGAGCGUUGAAACGAAUCGCACGUUCUGAGAAUAUGAUCGAACGUUUCAUAUUGUUACAGUUUCAUACUCGUGUUCUGCACACCUUAUCCAGAAUUAACUGUCGACUGAACAGAUACAUUGAACGUUGUGAAUAUUGCUGGGAACGGGCUGAGUAUGCAGACGAGAUUCUACGUGAAUUUGCGUUACAUGUCGAUUCACCGCUGGGAUCUGCUCUCAUCAAGGAUUAUUUCAAAUCAUCGAACGUCAUCCAUCGGGUCAAAACAUCCAUCAUGCUUGUGCAGCUUAUUCGG